AAGACUGUCUACAGAGCAAGUUUCAGGACAGCCAGAAUUACAUGGUGAGACUGUUUCAAUGCCCUCACCACCCCUGAAAAAAAGACCUAGAGAGUUGGUGAGGCCUGUCUCCUUGAGAGGAGACCCAGGCUGCCAGACUGGCUUUUAGGAGUGCCUUCACCCCUGGCUUGAGAAAGUCAGCCACUACUCCAGCUGUACAAGUCCUGUCACCCAUAGGGGAACUGCCCGGGUACAGGUACAGUCUCAGGCGUGAUGGAGGGCUGCAGUGAUGGUGAAGCAGCAGUUGGCAUCCACUCGCCUUAGUGGCUAGAGGAGAUGAGGGCCAGCACUCUUGGUGCGGCCGGUCCCUCCUGAGAUGCCCAGGAAUUCUUACUUGUUCAUAUCUUGGGUGUGGGCCUGGACUCCAGGGAGGGCUGGGCCUUGGAGGACUUAGGUUGACUGUCAAGAGGCGGGCAAAGACAACUUUCAGAAAUGUAGCAGAGGGGCAAGAAGGAAAGGACAGGAGGACGAAAGGACAGGAGGACACCAAGACAGAGCGAGGGAGUGGUCAUGCGUCCGAGCAUGCUGUCAUACACCUUUAAUCCCUUCAUUCUGGAGACAGAGACUAGCAGACGUCGAGAUCAGCCUGGACCACAGUGGUUUCCAGGACAGCCAGAACAGUGAGACCUUGUCUCAAAAAACAACAACAACAACAACAAAGAAGUAGUCGUGAAGGGGAGAUCAGGACAUGAUCUGCAGAGCAGGACAGAAAACUGAGAGGGUGCAAAAGCCAAAGCUAAAGCGCUUUGGGGGCAGAAGGAAGUCCUUUUGGAUAUUGCCUCGGUGAACUGGAAGCCAGAUUCAAUGACCAGGGCCGACUGGCAGCAUCUGCUCACCACCAGCAGUCCCUCUCGAUGGAAGUCCUGGACGAGUACGACAACGAAUUCCCCCAGAAUGUGACCUUCUGCCAGCUCAUCUCCGAGGACGACUUCGAGAGGCAAGCAGCGACCUACACCGAGCGCGCGCUGCGCCGUCUCUUCCGUUCCUUGGACCGCAACCCAGCGCUGGCGGAGAGGGUCGUGCGCAAGGGCAAGCAGACUGAGAUCGAGCAGCGCGGGCUCCUCUCCUGCCUCUGGGCAAAGUUUGUCUGCGCUGUCCAGGGAGAACUGAACCAGUGCAACAGCAUGGGUGCCCUGGAGAUGCAUCAGCGCCUGGAGCAGCUGAAGAGGCGCAUCAACCGUGUACACCUGUAUUCCCAGGGUGCCAAGAGGAGGAGGAGGAAGCUGAAACGAAAGAAAGAUCCCAUCCUCUUCCGAGACCAGGCAACCUCUCCGUGCCUGCUGCCAGCUCCGUUACCACCGUUGCCACCGACGCCUGUCACCACCAUGGCCUCUGUAGUGGCCACAUCACCCUCUGUUUACACUAUGCCCAGGGUCUUCGGCCCCUUUCCUACACUGUCUGGCAAGCAGAUGGAGAAACUGGAUAUUUCAAGAUCUGAAGUGAAAUUAAACUGGAAUGGUCUUUCAUCAACUUCAAAGAGCCACAUGGUCGAUCUGACCCCCUUGGUCCUCAACCCUGGAGGCUUCCAUUUCUCAUAUUUGGCAGGAAACAGUGCACACAAGCUGCAUUGCCCUGGCUUCCCCUGGACAGCAGCCUGCAGUGAUUCCUCCAACACUGACGAGACUCCAUCUCCUGUUGUGAAAACGUCCAUCUUCACUCCGCCUGUUCUACUCAAGUUCCAGCCUGUACCCAGACCUAAAGACGAUCCAGAGAAUGAGCCCGGCAGUGCAGAGUCCAUCCUUACCAAGAAGAGCGAGUAACCUCUUCCCUACAGACCACGCCCCAGGAAUGAAUAAAUUUCCACAGAGGCGCAUUA